AUUAUUAUUUUUUUUUUUGUAGUUGUUGAUCAUCAUCUGAUCCGCAUUCAGAGUUGAAAAGUGUGGCGUCAAGUGUUUUCUGUUUUAUUGGCGACUGAAGCCGAAAGUGUCCCUCCCUCGCCGCUUUCUGCCCGUCUCCUGUGCUGUCUCCUGUGCUGCUGCUGUCUGUGUCUGCCCUCUCAAACCGGUCAGUUCCGUCUUCCUCCAUUUUCUACCAUGCGUGGAAGGGAACAACCACACUUCGCCGACGCCGUGCAUGUACACGGCACUGUGCACCUGCCCGUCGUGCACCUCCAGUGCAGCCUGCAGCCAGACGUUUGGAGGAGAGGCUUUUGUUCAGCUACACAGAUGAACAACAGGAAGGAGGACAUGGAGAUCGCCUCUCACUACCGUCAGCUCCUCAGAGAGCUCAAUGAGCAGAGGCAGCACGGCAUCCUCUGCGACGCCUGUGUCAUUGUGGACGGAAAGAUCUUCAAGGCCCAUAAGAAUGUCCUCCUGGGCUCCUCACGCUACUUCAAGACUCUUUACUGCCAGGUUAAAAAGGGGGCAGAACCUCACCACCAGACUACUGUCACUCACCUGGACAUUGUCACAGCAACAGGUUUCAAAGCCAUCCUGGACUUCAUGUACUCAGCGCACCUUGCCCUCACCAGCAAGAACGUGAUUGAGGUCAUGUCAGCUGCCAGCUACCUGCAGAUGACAGAUAUUGUUCAGGCCUGCCACAGCUUCAUCAAAGCUGCGCUGGACAUCAGCAUCCGCUCUGAGAUGGCUGACGAAUUAGCAGACUUUGAGAUGGGAGCUGUUGCUGCUGCUGGCCUGGGCGCAGGUGGAGGAGGUGGAGGAGGAGUGAGUAUAGCAGGAGCAGGGGGUGUUGCGGGACCGGGUUUAGGAGGAGGAGGAGGAGGCAUAGUGGGCAUGGCUUCUGAAGCCCUGGCCUCCAUCAUGUCUGGUCGCAGCACCUCCCCUUGGCUGGCGCGCCGCACCAGCCCAGCCAACUCUUCUGGGGACUCAGCCAUUGCCAGCUGCCACGAGGGAGGCAGCACGUAUGGCAAGGAGGACCAAGAACCCCCCAAGAGCCAUGAGAGCCAGGAGGACGCCUGUCAUGACUCCCAGCCCGCCUGGCCGCACGAUUACAGACCUGUUACCGUCAAAGAGGAACAGGUGUCCCCUGCCUCCUCCACUCAUCCCCGAGACACAGCCAGGGGGGCAGCCCAGAACCAGGGGGAACAAGGGGCUGCAGGGGCUGCUGGAGGAGGUGGAGAGGGGCCCUGGCAACCCCUGUCAGGGUCAGGGCGGAGAAAGAACAGGAAGAACAAGGACACGGUCAGACAUAUUACCCAGCAGGCUGAAAGGAACUGGGACAGAGAGCGGGACAGGGAGAGAGACAGGGACAGUAGACCUGGAUCUCCUCUGCCCUCCAUGCUGACUGUGGCUGGAUGGAACUACAAUGGACAGGAAAUCCCAGGGGCAGACGUGACCGAACCCAACAGCUCAGACAGCCGUGGCGAACGCCUCGACUUCUUCCUCAAACAGGAAGAGGCUCUCACCACAGAGCCCAACUACCUGGGUUCCAACGAAUCUGAGGAGGCUGGAGGAGGAGCCGGGGGUGGAACGAUCUCAUCUGUAGCCAAUCUGAAGGCGGCGUUGAUGAGUAAGAACAGCCUGCUGUCACUGCGGGCUGAGAUGAUGGGAGAUGAUAACCCGUUGCUGUACGAGUACCUGCCCAAAGGAGGACACUCCCUGUCUUUAAAUGACUUCACGGUGAUCCGUAAAAAGUUCAAGUGCCCCUACUGCAGUUUCUCUGCUAUGCACCAGUGCAUCCUGAAGAGGCACAUGCGCUCCCACACAGGUGAGAGGCCCUACCCGUGUGAAAUCUGUGGCAAGAAGUUCACCAGGAGGGAGCACAUGAAGAGGCACACGCUGGUCCACAGCAAAGACAAGAAGUAUGUGUGUAAAGUGUGCAGCCGAGUCUUCAUGUCGGCAGCCAGUGUUGGAAUCAAACAUGGCUCUCGGCGUCACGGCGUCUGCGCCGACUGCUCAGGGCGGGGCAUGGCCGCGCUGCUGGACCACAACGGGGAGGGGGGAGGAGACAUCUCUCCGGAGGAGGAGCUGUAUCCUGGCGAUCGUUUCCACGAUGACCAGGCGGAGUGCGACGGUGAUGGAGAGGGUGAGGAGGAGAUGAUGGUUGAAGGUGACGGGGAGAUGAUGGGAGAAGCAGAGGAGGAAGGGGGAAAGUGGAAGGACUCAGGGAUGACCACUGAGGCACAUGGAGCACUGGACAAUGAAAAGGAGGAGAGUGACUCCUCGGCACAGGAGGGGGAGCAGCAGAACGGGAGCGAGAGGGACUUCGCCUGGAUCUCCUAGAAUCUGUCAGGUUCCCGUCAGUGGCUCGUUGACCAAUCUCUGAAGAUCUCUUGCGAUCUCUCCAGCAGAAUCCUCUGCUCUCUUUACCCAUUCGUCCCACCGUGGGCAGGCCUUCCUUUGAAUGGAAAUGCUGUAGGGUGAUGCGCGACAAUGAUCAUUAUGAGUAAACACACUCAAAUGCACACACACACACACACAAAAACACACACACACACACAAAUGUGCACACACACUUAGGCUAUUCUCAACCUUGACUGCCACAGUAGAAGAAGAGUGGUCACGAGGUGGCUCGAGUGCAAGGCUUUUUCUGCUUACCUCCUUUACUUCUGAUGCAGUGUUUUUGUGUUUCUUUUUUCUUGAGGGUUCGGGCCAGAGUCCAGUAGUUUUCUACUCUGUCACAACAGGAAUCAACGAGGACGCUGCCAAGGACAUGGCCAGUGCUAGACUGCCACUUUGUAUGUUUGCCACCACAAUCACCAUGGAAACCAAGGAUCGCUGACAGUGUAGGGAAAAAGCCAGGAGUGUGUGUGUGUGUGGGGUGGGGGGGUGGGGGGGGAUGUGUUGGAGGGGUGGUCCUGCCUCGGCUGUCAUGCUUCUGAGGAAAGUGUCUCUCCACGAGUGAAAGGAGAGUCUAAAUCUAUUGCAAAGCUACGCGUGUCAGAGGACCGGGCAGCUCGAUGGCACAUAGUUGUUGCAGAGUCCUACUGCCACAGACUUGCACUUUAAUGACAACUGACUCCUAUCAAAGCCCUGAACCCGUGGUUUACAUUUUGGAUCUGAUCUUUACUUACCUAAACAACUCGGUGACCGCACCUACCUUUAAGGAUAUACUUUAUGUCCUCUUGACUGUUAUCGCGAAUUAGAAAUCACUGAAUCUUUGCGCAGAUUGCUGUUUAUAUAGCCUUUGCCUUUCAGUGGGGUCCUUAGUCUUUUCUUCACUUAAGUUUACCAACAUGGUUUCUAUCGAUCCAUUCCAACAAAUACUGGAAAUUUGACUAAUGUACAUACAGUUUUUUUUUGUUUUGUUUUGUUUUGUUUUUUUGAAUUUAAAAGGGGAGUGAAAUGUGUGCAAGGCAGAGAGAGAUCGAAAGAGGUUUUUACAGUGUGUGUGUAAGAGUUUUUACCCUCUUUAUACACCAAGUGGACAUCACUUCUGCUUUCCUGUCUGGAAAAUCAACACAAGCACACAAGGGAUCCAUAUGACCUACACUAUUAACUCUUUCUGUCUCUCUUGCUGUCUCUGGAGGUUGUGAUGAUUGGACGUGAGAGCCACAUCCCCCACACCUGAGGAGGAGCUGCCUUUUUUUUUGUUUUAUUUUCUUUUUUGAAAACAGUUUGUGUUUUUGUUUUUGUUUUUUUUCUGUCUUGGUCAGUCACGUAUUUCCAGUUUCUCAAUACUGAAUAUGCAGACUCUUUACAUGGUUUAAUCUUUCUUUUUGUGAUAUAUUUUCUCCGGCUUUCUAAGGUUAAAAGAAGAGGAUCAAAAUUGUGCUUGAAAUUCCGAGGUUUGAUAUUGAGUGUAAUAUUAAUUUGCUUUGUUAAACAGCUAUUUAUUGAAAAACCUGUUUGUGGAUUCCUAAUUUUUGAGAAGUCAUUCCCUCCUCUUUGGCGCUCUGUGUUCAGUAGAGCAGGAUGGGUGUUUGUAUGCGAGAAUGUUUGAGUGUCCGGUGUCCAAACAAAAAAAAAAAAAAAAAAAAAAAGAAGAAGAAAAAAGUCUAUAUUGAUUUCUUAAGAUUAUUUCCAUGUUAUUGACAAUUCAGCUUAUGAUUAUCAGAUCUAUGAUUACUGUUGUUGAUGUUACUAUUAUUAAUUAUUAUUAAGUGCUGGAUGCUAAGCUUUAUUGUGUGUUCUUUUUUUGAUAUUUUAUAUCUUGUAUAAGAAAAAAGCUUUUAUACUUUGCCUUGUUGUGGACAGCAAGCCAUGGGGCUUUUAUCAACCUUUUAUUGUGCCAGUUUACGCUUUUUCUGUCGUAUUUGCUUUUUUUUUUACAAAGGGGAGAAACAACUUCACUGUCAACCUUCUCUGUUAGAUAUUGAUUGAAAUGUAUAUUUAACACACGCUUUUGCAUCACUAAUGUACACUAAUUGAUUAAUAUCAAACCAAAAACAAUCUAGUACCUUGUAUACAUGAAGUGCUUUUGUUUCACAGUCUGUGUGUGCAGGUGCUUUUGGAUUUAUUGUUGUGGUUAACAGUUCUGUUGUUGAAUUGUUUUUAUUUUUGAACCUGUCACUAUUUGUCACAGUUUUAAAAAAAAAAAAAAAGUGCACAUGUUAUGGUAUUAUUGUGAAUAUGAAGGGCUGUGUGAAAGGACCAGCUAGAUUUAGAAGACGACAUCUUAAACCCGAGCUGAUUAUUAUUUUUUUUUUUCGUUUCAUUUUUACAGUCUCUCCCGUCUCACGCCUCGCAUGACACACAAUCAAGAAAGAAAUGCAACAUGCAGACAGAGUGUUGAGUCUACAUGCUGUAUUUCUAUUUGCCAGUGUUUUACUGGCUCUACUUGUUUAUUCACACAAAGGGAAAGCGAGCACUGCAGCAGUAACUCUGGGAAACAUUUUGUUGCCAGUGCAGGUUGCACACAUCAGGCCUCUCUGCUUACAGGUGCCAACGACUCCCGCCAGCCCCCCACCGAGAAACUCUCAGUACAACGCGAUUUGUGAUGCUUUCUUCACGUCCAGCGACUGUCUUUAUUUUAUUUGUAUUAUUUAUUGAGUUUUUUGUUUGACCCAUUUAUAUUUAAAUAGCUGUAUUUUGGGAGGGGGGGGGUAAAAGAAGAAAGACAAUGGAGUUAGGAUCUUUAUGAAUGUCAAUGGUGGGUGUGGAAGGAGCCCAUGAUCGGCGACAAAUCUCUGUCCUGUGGUUCUGCUGUGGCCACUGAGAGACAUUGUGGAUGUAUGUGUGACUCCCCGGCCCUGCGCUCUUCUCACGACCUGUACUGUAUGUCCUCUUCCUCAUACUGGGUUGUACUUCAGGAAAACGUCUGCCAUCAACCCCUCAAUAUGUGCCUCAAUGACAUUUCACCCGUGUGCUUGUGAGAGCGUUUGUUUCCGAGAGACGAGUACGUGUUUGUGUCGAUGGAUAGAGAUUACUAAAAAUGCGACUGGUCAGAUUAGUGGUGCAAAAUGUUUUUUGGUUUUUUUUUUUUGCUUUGGUUUGUUUUUUUGAGCAUAAAACUUCAAAGAGACAAAUCAUGAUGGGCAACUAGAUUCUCCUUCCCACCGUGUGUUGAUGACCUUUUGUGCCCUGAUUCUGUGGUCUUAACUGCAUGCCUGUGCUCAUUUUGUCAUACCAAAGCGACGUCUUCGGCAUCUGCACACACUUGUCUCAUUCCACACGAUGCAAAACUGGAACUGUUUGCUCUAUUGCAGAUGAUUAUGGGUAUUCUUAGACGUGUACAAAUUGCAAUCCUCAUUUAGCCUGUAUAGCUUGAUUCACACGUGCAAAUCAUGAAGCCAUAGAUAUGGGUAUAUCUAUAUUAUACUAUAUUUCAAAAUUGUCGCUUUUUACUUUGGAUUUUGUUCUACUAAGAGUGAUGUGUGUAUACCUUCAUAUAUACGAAUUUAUAUUACUAUUAUAUAUUAUUUAUUUUCUCUCUCAAGUUUCAGAGGGUCUUUAAUUUGUAAAAGGUCGCACUUGAAGCUUGAGUUUUGAGUUUUGUUUAUUUUCAUUGGGAAUAUUGUUCAAUAUGAUACUGACUUUAUAUUGAUGAUUAUCAUAAACCUGUGUUUGUAACAAAAUGUGUUAAAUAAUCAAAAAAACCUGUCCUGUUUUUACACCCGUUUUGUUUUGGGCAGAUUUAAGUGCUCUUGUGCAGAUAUUUUUUCGGUUGACAGUACUGAUCAUAAAACAUUUUUACAGCCAACCAUGAGCCUCCUGUUUUGAUGUUGGGGUUGUCCCGCCGGCCUUCCAAGCCUCUUUCUAACUUCAUGUUUAGUGGAAGAAUUAGCUUGACUAUUAUUUGCAAAAACCAAUCAGUCUCAAUAAAUUUUGAAAUUGCUGCUGUAAAGAAGUGA